UUUUUUUAGUGCAAAGUGAAGAUUCAGAUAGGCGUCCACUCAUUAGUCACGAUGGCACAAUCACUGGAUGUACUGGCUCCGCUACAGAGCUUAGAUUUAUUAUGCUUGGCGGCGAUGGAGCUCUUAUGGAUGAUGCGUGUGACAUAAUUCUUAGGGAAAGAGCAGGAAGAACUGAAAUACAGCACAGAAAAGGUCAUGUAUUUGGCAAAAAGGUCAUUGUGGUGAAAACACCUUCUACCUGGAUGAGUCAGGUGGCAUCAUGCCUUUGCUUCUCCUCAAGAGUCAAAUCUAUCAAAGAUGAGAUGGUAGAUUGUGCAUCUCUGGUCUUUCCUGGACCGCAUGCAUUUCUAUUAGUUACUGAAAACGGGAAAGUGACUGAGGAAAAAUACCUUUUAAAAGCAAUCGCUGAAGUAUUUGGCAAAGAAGCCUUAGACUAUGUUGUGUUAUUGAUUAUUGGAAGAACUGAACCGAAAGGGAUCGACAGUGUCAGGGAAUACGUGAAUAGGUGUUAUACAUUAGAGGACACUGAGCAAAGUGUUCAAAGUCUGUUUGCAGAAACUGAAAUUAUGACACAAAACAAUGAGUCCACAUUCUUUAUUCAGCCAUCAUAUAAAAACCUCAUACAAGCAUUUUUAUCAUGGGAAAAGGAAAGAGAUGCUGAAAUACAAAAACAGCAUGCACAAGAGAUGACUGCUUUAGAAGAAAGAUUUAGGCUUACUGAAAGUAAUUUAAAGAAAGAAACAGACACUUUGAGACAGUUGAUGCUGGCCACUAUGAUAUGGUUAAAGAAAUACAAAGACAGUGAGGAGCAGAACCAGCAAGGGGCUUCAGGAGGUCAAGAAGAUCUGCUGUUCAAAGAAUGUAGCGACACCGUCUUGAAAAACAUGUUUCCUUCCAUCAUUGAUGAUUUUACUGAACGUGAGAAUGCACUGAAAGAACAGCUGGCGGAUUGUAAAGACACUGUGAGCACCUUGGAGAAAAUGUAUUCUUCCUUGACUGAUGAUUAUGUUAAUCAUCAGAUAAAGAGUGAAAAUGAGAAGCUCCAAAGAGAACUGGAGGAACUCGAACUCAAGGAAAGAGCGUUGGAACAAAAACGUAAGGAAGAGGAGGACAGGUUAAGGCUGGAGAAAGAUCUGAGUAGAAGAGAGAAGGAACUGGAGUCCAAAGAGAGAGGAACGGCAAAUAAAGAGCAAUACAUCCUGCUUAGUGGAGAAGAGCAUAUGCUACAUCUAACUUCUCCUGCGUUGUCUGAAGGAAAGCAGAGAUCUCUAGAUGAAAGAAAAGGAGAGUGGAAGAGCAAAGAUGAAGAUUCACAUGACAGUGAACCACUUGAGUUUGGAAAACCUGUGAGACGCAACAGCAGCCAAUUUGAGAUCCCUAAUAUGACUGAAAGUGAAGAUGAACCCCUAAACACACUCUGAAACCACAGACGUCAGUUGGAGGAUUCAACAACAGCAUUUUACUCCACUUCAUCAAUAUUCAGUAGACAACUCAAAAUGUGGUAAAGGUCAAAUAUCCAAUCCAUCUACAGUACAUGUGUGAAACACCUCACAGACGUCAAAAACAUGGAGACAACAACAGUUUAAAGUUAAUAUGGUUUCUGGGCAGCUGAGCAGGAAGUGAUGUUAGCAGAGGAAAACAUGCUUUUAAAAAUAGCUUAUUAAUGAAUAAAUAUGCUUUAUGUGAAAAUGUAAGAUGUAAUUUUAAAAGAUUAGUUGGAAGCCGAAGGGAGAGAGAAUCCCAAAACUAGUGGAUCUGGGGGUUUACCAUUAAAAAUGUGAUAUUUCUCACCAGAAAGAUUCACCCUUUAUUAAACUGAAAGUUUGUUUUAUGGAGGAUUUCUGUGAACUCUCUAGAUGAAAUAGCAGAGACCAGGUAUCUAUAAAAAAUA